AUGACGGAGCAGUCACCGCAACCGAGCCAUGAGUUGGCGCGCGAUACCGAUGCCCAACCGUCGGAGCAUGAGCCAGCAAUAGCCGCCAACGAAACGUUCCCGCUUGUAGAAAACAAAGUUACCGAUGAUGUCGCGCACGAGAAAGAUGUUGAAUCAGGAGAUGCGAUGGGCAAGGAAGGGGGUACCGAAGGCAGAGAUGUAAAGAAUGAGGAAAGUAAUGAUAAAAAGUCGGGCCGCGAUGAAGACAAUGGAGAAGAGGAGGAAGAUGACGACGAUGACGAUGAAGCUGACGAUGAAGACGACGACGACGACGAAGAUGAUGAGGAGGAUGAUGAUGAGGAUGAGGAACCAAGACUCAAAUAUGCUCGGUUAACUCAACACCUUAACGGAGUGUAUCGAAACGGCGAUGCAACUAGCGCGUUUCUUGUCGCGGGAGAUAAAAUGAUAGUUGGAACGCAUAAUGGCAAUAUCCACAUUGUUCAGCUCCCCAUGUUCCAAUCCAUGAGAGUAUACCAUGCGCACUCAGCCUCAGUUACCUCUAUAUCAAUAUCUCCGUACCCUCCCCCUUUGCCAACUGAGAAGAAGCCGGAAGCAGCGCCAAGGCAUACUACAUCCAGCAACGCUACUGUCUCCUCUGGCCGCCAAGCCGAUGCAUCUCCGGCGGCAGCCUUCAGAAGACCCCGCGAAGCGUCACAAAUCCCCAGGACGCCAUCUAACGAUAUUUAUGUGGCGACUUCCUCUUUGGAUGGCAAUGUCUGUGUGCAGUCUCUUAUUGAUAUGAAGGAUGUCCAGCUGCGGAACUUUGCCCGGCCCGUUCAAGCUGUGGCUCUGUCGCCAGAAUUCAAGACAGAUCGUACCUAUUUGUCAGGAGGGCUUGCUGGUCAGCUCAUUCUUACCGCCGGAGGUGGUCCGGGUCGCAGUACCUCGACAACAACUGGAACUGCUGCGGCCACAGCUUCCGGCUGGCUGGGUAGUAUGGGACUUGGCAGCAAUAGUGGCAAAGACACUAUCUUACACUCUGGCGAAGGAGCUAUCAGCACUAUUAAAUGGUCCCUGUCUGGGAAAUAUGUGGUCUGGCUCAAUGAACAUGGAAUCAAAAUUAUGCGGUCAAAGCUCCACCUCGAGAGCGCAGAUAUAGAAGAUGCAUGGAAACGAGUUGGACACAUUGAUCGCCCACAAACUGAUGAAUGGGAGACCAUGGCAAGUGUAUGGAAAGGCCGCGUUGAAUGGAUCGAUGAACAAGCUGUUGAAGUGGAUGAAUCUGACCAGAGCAAUGUUGAUAAAGGGCUAUCUCCUGCUGCACACAAGCUCAGAGAACAGGCUGUAAUGGGCAAGAAGAAUAUCGAGCGGUUGCUUGUAGGUUGGGGUGGGACGAUAUGGAUCAUACACGUUCAUCCAGGAGGCGUCGGUGUCGGCCGGCACGCUGGCGAGAAGACUGUCGGGCGUGCCGAAAUUGUUAAAAUACUUCGGAUGGAUUGCAUCAUUUCCGGCAUUUCGUUAUAUACCCACAACCUUUUGUUAGUACUCGCGUAUUGCUUGCCUGAAGACGAGGACGAGGACGAGGAUGAGGAUUCCGGAUUGGUUUCAAACUCGCCAAACAAAAAGCAUAAAUCCAAUCCUUCAACAGGAAGCGAGCCCUCUGGCGGUGUUCGCCGCCGACAGAAUAACCAGCCGCCUGAACUCCGCCUUAUCGAUCUCAACUCCCAGGCCGAAGCCGACAAAGACAGUUUGAGCGUCAGUCGUUACGAGAGAUUGUCAUCAGGUGAUUACCACUUAGGCGUUUUGCCUGCACGCAAUGCUGCGUCUGCAAUCGCUUCAUCUCGGGGCGCUCUGGAGGCGAUCGCCGGGAUCGGCACGGAUAUGUGGAAUGCGGCCAUCAACCCUCGCUCCCUAUUCAGUUCCGGGGCUAGUAUUCGUAGCCGAGGGAGCGGUGAUGAUUCUAGUCUCGUAGGGAGUACGGCAGGGACGAUUCGACCCGGCACCAAUCAAAGACUUUCCCCCACCGUUCAUUCUGGUCUUGUCAAACCAGGCGUGAAGAUCUUCAUACAUAGUCCGUAUGACUGCAUUCUCGCGACCAGACGAGAUCUAAGUGAUCAUUUGGGAUGGCUUCUAGAGCGCCAACACUACCAGCGUGCCUGGGAGUUACUCGAUGAACACCCGGAGAUCAUGGCACCGCUAAACGAAAGGGCUAAUGAUGGUACUCCUUUGACUCCCACACUGAACCAGGAGCCUAGUGACGAAUUCAAUGAUGACGAAUCUGUCGUCGAUUCGCAACUGCGAGAUUUCUAUUCUUCGGCAGAGCGAGAGAAAAGGCGUAUCGGAGAACUCUGGAUACAAGAGCUUAUUGAAGAGAAUAACUGGGCAUCUGCUGGUAAAGUGUGUGGCCAGGUGCUCAAGACGCCUGACAGAUGGGAGAAGUGGGUUUGGACAUUUGCUGGUGCGAAGAAAUUCGAUGCUAUCACGGACUACAUUCCCACAGAGCCCAUGCAUCCGCCCCUUCCUUCGACUAUUUAUGAAGUUGUACUUGGCCAUUAUAUUCAAAACGACAAGCCAAGGUUUAGGGAGCUAUUGGAUCGUUGGUCACCUGAGCUUUUCGACAUAAAAACAAUCACAACUGCGCUGGAGAACCAGCUCAAGUAUCGAGACGUGCGCGAAGACAGCCUCGACGAAGGGGAAAAGGGGCGAGACUGGAGGAUCGUAAUAGAGAGCUUGGCAAGGUUACACGAGGCCAAUGGACGACAUCGCGAGGCUCUCAAAUGCUAUAUCAAGCUCCAUGAUGCGGAUUCGGCUUUCAGGUUGAUUAGAGACAACCACCUUGCAGAAGCUGUUGAAGACGAUAUUCCUAGCUUCAUUGGCCUCAGAGUUCCGUCGGGUAAAGUCAACGAAAUGACAGCAGAGGAGCUUGAUGAAGCGACAUCAGAAGCCAUCACACUGCUCGUUGACGAAGCUCAGCAUGGCCUCCUGCGCCCAGAUAUUGUGGUGGAGCAACUACUCUCCAAGAAGCUCAACCUUUACAUAUACUUCUAUUUCCGAGGUCUAUGGAAGGGCGAUGGCAUUCAGGAACAUAGUGGAGAGAAUGUGGACCGGCUGGUGAUGGACAGUCAAUCUUUGGUUGACAACUUCGCGGAUUUGGCUGUACAUUUGUUUGCGACUUUCGACCGGGCGUUGCUUAUGCAGUACCUGAAGACUUCAGUCUCCUAUACAUUUGAAAAGGCUGUUCAAGAGUGUGAGACGUUCUCAUACUAUGACGAGCUCGUGUUUCUAUACUCUAAAACGGGCCAAAUGAAACGAGCUCUGUACCUCAUCAUCGAUCGUCUAAAGAAUGUUCACAAAGCAAUUGAGUUUGCUAAAGAACAGGACGACCCUGACCUAUGGGAAGACCUACUUAAAUACAGCAUGGACAAACCCAGCUUCAUUCGAGGUCUGCUGGAGCAAGUCGGUACAGCUAUCAACCCAAUUACUGUAGUGCAGCGAAUUCCUGAGGGACUUGAGAUUGAGGGUCUCCGGGAGGGGCUUACGCACAUGAUGAAGGAACACGAGAUCCAGUACAGUAUUAGUUCGGGCGUUGCAAGAGUCCUUCGCAGCGAGGUUGCCACGGCGCAGAACGAGCUUCGAGCUGGUCAACGUAAGGGUAUCAAGUUCGAGGUAGUUAUUCAGGAACAGGAACAUGUGGAUAUACAAGUGAAGGAUGUUUCCACGGACCCCGACAACCCAGAACCCAACCCUUCUCACCCAUCUACGGCCCAUGAUCACAGAGUGCCGAAACCGGGACACUGCGCAAGAUGUCAUGAACCAUUUACAGAGUUCGAGAUGGAAACAUUAGUUGGGUAUGCUUGUGGGCAUGUGUUUCACGCAAUGGCUCUGAGGAGGGAAGUCGGUACUCCAUAG